ACCAUGCUAGACCUGGCUUGUCUCCAUGGCCACGCAGAAUGUGUGGAGACCCUCUUACUGCAGGGUGACGAUAUAUUGGUCCAUGACAGCACCACUAGAAGGACGCCACUUCACUCAGCAGCUAUGAAUGGGCAUACAGAAUGUUUACGUUUGCUAAUGGAAACAGCUGAAGACAGCAAUAUUGUAGAUUGUACAGAUGUUUAUGAAAGAACUCCAUUAAUGAUGGCAGUGGCCAACGGUCACGUCGACACAGUGUUGUACCUCAUAGCUAAUGGUGCCAUAGUCAAUGCUAAGGAUAGCCAGGGAAGGACUGCUUUACAUAGAGGGGCUGCUAACGGACAUGAGGAGUGUGUUGAUGCCCUCCUACAUAAUGGAGCGGACGUUACUGUCCGCGACCACAGAGGCAGAAUGCCGGCGUACCUGGCUGCUACCUGUGGCCAGGUGUGCAUACUGUCCAAUCUCCUCGCGAUGGGACCCAGCAGUAGUAAAUCGGAGGACCACUUAGGUUAUACACCUUUACACAUAGCUUGUUAUAAUGGCCAAGACAACUGUGUGGAAACCAUUUUAGAACAAGAAAAAAUAACUGAGCUUUCAGGGAACCCCUUCUCACCUCUUCAUUGUGCUGU